CAGCAGCAGCAGCAGGAGCAGCAGCAGCAGGAGCAGCAGGAGCAGGUGAGAGGGCGAGCCGUGGUGGACGCGGAGCCGGUGGAACUGAUCAGCCAGAGCAGGGGUGUGACGACGAAGCCGCUGAAGAAGAUCCACAUCGACUUCGACAACACCAAAGAAGCCUAUGAGAGCAAGAGCAACGGCGAACUGCUGCGGAGUCUGCUGGUCUUCAAGCUGUGCACGAUCGACCUGUUGGUGGAGAAAAACAAAGAGUUGAUGGAGCUGAGCAGGAAGUUGCUGGGAAACAGGAUGUUUGAGAAGCUGAUGAAGAUGACCUUCUACGGACAGUUUGUCGCAGGUGAAGACCAGGAGUCCAUCAAACCUCUGGUCCAUAAAAACCAGGCGUUUGGAGUCGGCGCCGUUUUGGACUACAGCGUUGAAGAAGACUUGACGCAAGAGGAGGCGGAGAAGAAGGAGAUGGAGUCGUGUGUUUCUGAGGCCGAGAAAGACGGUCCAGGUGCCGAUCACCGUGAAAAGAAGUACAAGGCCCACCGUCAGUUUGGAGACAGGCGCGGGGGUGUCAUUAGCGCCCGUACUUACUUCUACGCAGAUGAGGCCAAAUGUGACAACCAGAUGGAGACGUUCAUAAAGUGCAUCAAAGCCUCAGGCGGAGCCUCUGUGGACGGAUUUUCUGCCAUCAAGUUGACCGCUCUGGGCCGACCACAGUUCCUCCUCCAGUUUUCCGAGGUUCUGGUUCAGUGGAGACGCUUCUUCAACUUCCUGGCAGAUCAACAGGGAAAAUCUGAAAUGUUGCUCUUGGAACAGAAACUGGAGCUGGAACAGCUGAAGGAAAGUUUGACCAAGCUCGGUGUCGGACCCAGGGAUGACAUUGAGAACUGGUUCACGGGAGAGAAGCUCGGCCUGUCAGGAACCAUUGAUCUGCUCGACUGGAACAGUUUGAUAAACGAUACGACCAGAAUCUCCAACCUACUCAUGAUACCAAACCUGGAGACGGGCCAGCUGGAGCCUUUACUGAAGACGUUCACAGAGGAGGAGGAGAAGCAGAUGAAGAGGAUGCUGCAGAGGGUGGACCUUCUCGCCAACCACGCUUUGGAGAACGGAGUCAGGCUAAUGGUGGACGCCGAGCAGACGUACUUCCAGCCGGCCAUCAGUCGACUGACGCUGGAGAUGCAGAGAAAGUUCAACAGAGAAAAACCGACCAUUUUCAACACGUACCAGUGUUACCUGAAGGAAGCCUACAACAAUGUCACCGUGGACAUCGAGCUGUCUCGGAGAGAGGGCUGGUAUUUUGGCGCCAAGCUGGUUCGCGGCGCGUACAUGUACCAGGAGAGAGCCAGGGCGGAGGAGAUUGGCUACGAAGACCCCAUCAACCCAGACUACGAGGCCACCAACAGGAUGUAUCACAAAUACCCCAGACUCUGUGACAAUAACAUUUUUUUUUUUUUUUUUUUUACAAAGCUGUUGAAACUGGACUCCAGCCGUCCUUAUGUAAGACGCUCUGUCUCCCCCCUCUGUGUCCCCAGGAUGAACGACAUGGGCCUUUCACCGUCUGAGAACAAGGUCUACUUUGGACAGCUGCUGGGCAUGUGCGACCAGAUCAGCUUCCCGCUGGGUCAGGCUGGAUUCCCCGUCUACAAGUACGUUCCUUACGGUCCUGUCAAUGAGGUCAUCCCGUACCUGUCCCGCCGUGCUCAGGAGAACCGGGGCUUCAUGAAGGGCUCCCAGAGAGAGCGCAGCCUGCUGUGGAAGGAGCUGAAGCGCAGGCUGCUGGCCGGUCAGAUUCUCUACAAACCAGUGUACUGACCCUCAGGACCAUGGAUCACUUAGUGACUGACUGUGGUAUUUCUACAAGCAUUCCAGCCGCGUCACAGCAGCAGCAGCAGCAGCAGCAGCAGCAGCAGUCUGACAUACCUCCCAGUAGAAGAAGAAUGAUGGUCCUGUUUAUGUCCUGAUGAGGCCCAGGGUUAUAUUUUUGCCUCUGGUGGUAUGAGACCACUUGCGUAACAUUUUUUUUUUUUUUAAAGAAGCGAUGAUUUAUUGCUAGUUUAUGAUGACACUAAUUUUUUAAAAUCCUGAUGAAAAUGCCAAGUCUGCAAAAAAAAAGCACAACAACCUGUGCAAUAUGAUGGAACUAUGCAAAUGCACACACACACAUAUAUAUAUAUAUAUUUAUGUAUGUAUACAUACAAAUGUAUGUACACAUACAAUAUAUAUUUUUGUUGUUUAUCUAUAUUUACCAAGUGUGCCUUAGGUGUAAAUAUAUAUACAUAUAUAUUUAUAUAUGUAUGUAUAUACAUAUAUGUAUUUUUA